AUGGCCGGGCUGGUGCUGUCCCCUGUGCCCAGCAACUGGCUGGUGGUGUUGGUGCUGCUGCUCUCAGCAGGUGAAAAGGUGCCAGCAGCCAAAACGGAGGACCUGUACCUGGAUUCCACAGGAAGCCGAUGUUCCCGAAUCUGGCAGAACCCACGUUUUGUGGCUCGGAAAAGGGGCUUCGUGGUGGAGGUGAAAUGCCACACAGAGGGCUUGGGCACUGUGAAAUGGUUCCGGAAGCGAGAGGUCGACCAGGAGCCCCAGGAGCUCCCCCAGAAUCAGAGCCGCAUGCUGCAGACCCAGAACAGCACGGUCUUCACCCUCACCAUCCGAGACAUCCAGUUCGAGGACAACGGCAUCUACUUCUGCCGGCAUAAGUGCUCUGGGCCAAGCCUGUCGACCCACUGGGGCUGCGGCACUGAGCUUCGGGUCAUGGGGUUCAGCUCCCUGGCCCAGCUGAAGCAGCGGAACACACUCAAAGACGGCAUCAUCAUGAUCCAGACCUUGCUGAUCAUCCUUUUCAUCAUUGUGCCCAUCUUCCUGCUGCUGGACAAGGAUGACAGCAAGGCUGCGCUGGAAGAAGACCACACCUAUGAGGGCUUGAACAUUGACCAGACAGCCACCUACGAGGAUAUAGUGACUCUGCGGACAGGAGAAGUGAAGUGGUCAGUGGGUGAGCACCCAGGCCAGGAGUGA